ACCGAGGACGCAAGUAUGACGUCUUACGUAGAAGUGGCGUUGUCUCUAUGGCUGCGGACGACGCGGAGGUAAUCUCGUUGCUAACAAGAGCUAGAACACUGCUUCGUUCCCGUUAACUGUAUAGAUACAAUGGUCGAUUAUGACAGCGCCAAUGGCUGCUGGGACACUUGUUAUGCAGUCUGAAGCAGGAGCGUGUGCACGUUGUCACACAAACGCCACGUUAUUGCAGUUGGCUUCUCGCUAACAUACCUAGGUUGCGCUAGCUUGCUGCUAACAUUGCACUAAUUGUUACGGUACGUGGUUUUAAUUAGCUACAUUGCUAAUCUUAUUUAACCCGACUGUUGAGAGUGGUGACACCAACACCAUAUUCCCUAUUGUCAUUUCAACUAACCGUGCAGCUAAGAGAAGAUAGCUCGAUGUAUCACAAAGAGAAGAGCAUCCAGAUCAAAAACAGCGCCUCGGCGCUGUACAACAACCUCGGCGUGCUACGCAUCGCCCCUCGGCGCCUCACCUACUUCACGGUGGUCCAUGCCAACGUGGUCAACAUGGUCAGCGCGUCGUGGGACGGCCUCAACUAUUCCCACCGUCAGCUGCAGUCCAAGGAGCCCAAUGUCGCCACCAGCACGUCUCUCAUCACGCAGGCUGCUUUUUGUGCGCUGCCCUCUCGUGAUCUGCUGGUGGUGACCUCUCAGAAAGGCAUCCAGAUGUAUGAAUCUGAUGGCUCCAUCAUGGUGUACUGGCAUGCCCUCGAUACUCCAGAAACAACUACAGCUCAAGCCGUGUUUGCUCGAGGAAUAUCAGCAGUGUGUGAGAGUUAUAUAUGUGUGGGCCUUUCAACUGGUGCAAUUCUAGUAUUUGAUGUUCCCAGUAAAGGCAGUAAUAUUACCUUGUCGGAUGUCAUGGAGGGGCACAAGGAGUCCAUCACUGACAUGGCCUCAGAAUGCUGUGGCGGCGAGGUGUGCAUUGCUGAUCUGGUCAGUGCAGAUGAUGGGGGCAACCUGUGUGUGUGGCAGUCUGGGGAGGAAUUUAAGUUACUCAACCAUAUCCCUGGCUUUGACAUUAGCUGCUCAUCUGUGAAGUUGUGGAAAGGUACAGUGGUGGCAGGUUACGGCACGGGCCAGAUUCGUCUCUAUGAGGCAGUGACGGGAAUCCUGCAUGCUGAGGUCAACGCCCACGCUCGCUGGAUAUACUCACUCGACAUUGCUCCUUUUUCUGGGCUGGUGAGUUGUAUAAACCGCAUUCAUUUUUUAAGCCUACUGCUGUCUGCUGCUGAGGACUCUCUGGUCAGGGUGUGGCACCUGACAAUGACCCCAGAGAGCCACAGCGUGGAGAUUGCCCAUUUGUACAAUGAGUGUGUGACGGACACGCAAAUCUGUGGCGCCAAGUUCUGUGACGGCGAUGGUUAUGCCUUUGCAGUGACAGGCUAUGACCUGAGUGAGAUUAUCCGUUACACACAGUCAUAGGACUACAUAUAAGAAUGUGAAUUCGGUAUAUUGUGUUUCUGGAAAGAUAUCAUGAUCCAGAGAGAAGGGUCAAAAGGAAAGGGAUAUUUAAUGUAAUCGUUUUUAGGAGAGACAUUGUUUUCACAGCCUUUCUGUCUCUAUCUCUGUAUCUACACGGUUUGAAGGAGAUUAGCAUAUAACAACAUAUUUCAAAAGGAAAAAAAUAUAUGUACAAAUGUUUACAUGUAUGAGAAUGUAGCUUUAAAAAGUUAUAAAUUAUUCUAUUUUUCCUUCUGACGUAAUUAUUGUUUCAAGCAGCUGUAGCAGUAAAGUUUAUCAACAAAGCAGCUGUGUCUGGGUCGUCAUUUUUCACUUCACAAAUGCACCAAUAGAUGGGGCUGUGGAUCAAUUAUCUUUGAGCAGGGCAGUGACAGGACAGCGCUAACAGAUUUCAUGAGAGGACAGAGUGGGGUCGC